UGGCCUCUUCUGGCCUGAGCGGCACAGGAGCCUGGACUGAAGGAGGCAGCACAGAGGAAGGACGGACCGGGACACCUGACUUCCUUGACACCAUGGACAGCUCCUGCUAACAAGACACCUCUUCACACUUGGCAUCCGUGGCGGCUCAUCCCCUUCCCAUCAGACUGGGGCUCCACACCUCCAUCCUCCAAGGAGCAUCAAACUAUAUCCUCGUUCUGGUGUUGGGCUCUCCACCCUCUUGACAUGUCUCUCCUGGAAGGCCAAGUUGGGGUGGAGGACCUUGUCCUCCUGGAACCCCUGGAUGAGGAUUCUCUAAUCAAGAACCUCCGGCUCCGUUAUGAAGAAAAGGAGAUUUAUACCUACAUUGGGAGUGUGGUGAUCUCAGUGAAUCCCUACCAGUCGCUUCCCAUUUAUGGCCCAGAGUUCAUUGCCAAAUACCGGGACUACACUUUCUAUGAGCUGAAACCCCACAUCUAUGCUUUGGCCAAUAUGGCCUACCAAUCCCUGAAGGAUCGGGACUUGGACCAGUGUAUCCUCAUCACAGGCGAGAGUGGAGCCGGGAAGACAGAGGCAAGUAAGCUGGUGAUGUCCUACGUGGCUGCCGUCUGUGGGAAAGGAGAGCAGGUGAACGUAGUGAAGGAGCAGCUGCUGCAGUCAAACCCAGUGCUGGAAGCAUUUGGCAAUGCCAAGACCAUCCGCAAUGACAACUCCUCUCGAUUUGGAAAAUACAUGGAUAUUGAGUUUGACUUCAAAGGAUCCCCCCUUGGCGGUGUCAUCACCAACUAUCUGCUGGAGAAAUCCCGAGUAGUGAAGCAGCUCAAAGGAGAAAGGAACUUCCACAUCUUCUACCAGCUGCUGGCUGGAGCAGACGCACAGUUGCUAAAGGCCCUGAAGCUUGAGCAGGACGCAAGUAGCUAUGCCUAUCUGAAUGGGGCAGUGUCCCAAAUGAACGCCAUGGAUGACGCCUCCAACUUCAGGGCUCUACAGAGUGCAAUGUCAGUGAUUGGGUUCUCGGAGGAUGAGAUCAGACAAGUCCUGGAGGUGACGGCGCUGGUGCUGAAGCUGGGGAACGUGAAGCUGACAGACGAGUUCCAGGCCAAUGGGAUAGCAGCAAGCGGCAUCGCUGAUGGGAAAGUUGUUCGGGAGAUUGGGGAGUUGAUGGGUUUGAGUUCGAUGGAACUGGAGAGAGCUUUGUGUUCAAGAACCAUGGAGACAGCCAAAGAAAAGGUGGUCACAGUUCUGAAUGUCACGCAGGCUCAAUAUGCUCGGGAUGCCCUGGCUAAGAAUGUCUACAGCCGCCUCUUUGACUGGAUAGUGAACCGCAUCAAUGAGAGCAUCAAGGUGGGCAGUGGGGAGAAGAGGAAGGUUAUGGGGGUCCUGGAUAUCUACGGAUUUGAGAUUUUGGAGAAUAACAGCUUUGAGCAGUUCGUGAUCAACUACUGCAACGAGAAGCUGCAGCAGGUGUUCAUAGAGCUGACCUUGAAGGAGGAACAAGAGGAAUACAAGAGAGAGGGCAUACCGUGGACAAAGGUGGACUACUUUGACAACGGCAUCAUCUGUAACCUCAUCGAGCAUAGUCAGCAAGGCAUCCUGGCCAUGCUGGAUGAAGAGUGCCUGAGACCUGGGGUGGUCAGCGACUCCACUUUUCUGGCGAAGCUGAACCAGCUCUUCUCGAAGCACACUCACUAUGAGAGCAAAGUCACCCAGAAUGCCCAGCGCCAGUACGACCAUACCAUGGGGCUCAGCUGCUUCCGCAUCUCCCACUAUGCGGGCAAGGUGACAUACAACGUGAACGGCUUCAUCGACAAGAAUAACGACCUGCUCUUCCGAGACCUAUCCCAGACCAUGUGGAAGGCCCGGCAUCCUCUCCUCCGGUCCUUGUUCCCAGAGGGUAAUCCCAAGGAAGCGUCUCUCAAACGUCCCCCGACCGCUGGGUCACAGUUUAAGAAUUCGGUGGCCGUACUCAUGAAGAACCUGUACUCUAAGAACCCCAACUAUAUCAGGUGCAUAAAGCCCAACGACCUGCAACAGUAUGGCAGGUUCUCCUCAGAGCUGGUCGUGGUCCAGACGCGGUACCUGGGGCUGCUGGAGAACGUUCGCGUUCGUAGGGCUGGCUAUGCCCACCGCCAACUCUAUAAGCCUUUCUUCGAAAGGUACCAACUGCUGAGCAGGAGCACCUGGCCUCACUGGAACGGGGGAGACCGAAUCCACCUGCCUGAAAGUGGCUCUUCUCCGGACUUCAUUUCUAAGACUCUGCUUUCAAUGCAGGCACGGAAAUUUCUCUUGGCUCUGAAGAAGAAUUUACCAUCCACCAAAGUCUUGGACAACACAUGGCCCCCUGCCCCUUAUAGGUACUUCAACAAGGCCAAUCAGGAGUUGAAGCGCCUCUUCCACCAGUGGAAGUGCAAGAAGUUCCGAGAUCAGCUGUCACCGAGGCAGGUGCAGAUGCUGAGGGAAAAGCUCUGUGCCAGCGAACUGUUCAAGAGCAAGAAGGCUUCCUACCCUCAGAGUGUCCCGAUUCCAUACCGUGGUGAUUACGUUGGGCUGCAGGGCAACCCCAAGCUGCAGAAACUGAAGGGUAAGGAGGAAGGGCCUGUUCUGAUGGCGGACACUGUGAAGAAGGUCAACCGUGGCAAUGGCAAGACAUCUGCCCGGAUUCUCCUCCUCACCAAGGGGCAUGUGAUUCUCACAGAUGCCAAGAAGUCCCAGGCCCAAAUUGUUGUUGGGCUGGAGAAUGUGGCUGGGGUGUCAGUCACCAGCUUCCGGGAUGGGCUCUUCAGCUUGCACCUGAGUGAGAUGUCAUCGGCAGACUCCAAGGGGGACAUCCUGUUGGUUAGUGACCAUGUGGUUGAACUGCUGGCAAAAAUGUACCAAGCUGUGCUGGAUGCCACACAGAGGCAACUCUCUGUCACCGUGACUGAGAAGUUCUCAGUGAAGUUCAAGGACAGCAGUGUGGCUGUCAAGGUUAUCCAGGGUCCCCAGGGGGCUGGGAACAGCAAGCUGACUUUCAAGAAGAAGGGAAGUCAUUCCAUGGAGGUGACUGUGAGGUGAUUAGGUUGGGGCCUCCUGGAGACACAGCUUCUUCCUCCGGACCAAAACUUGGGUCUAGCUCUUCUGAUCGUGAGAAGGGGCUUAGAGCUGAAGAACCCUUGAAGACGGCCUUUCUGCUCCUGGACCUUUCCAGAAUCCUUUCCCAAACGUAUCAUCCUCCCAGCGUCAGUCCGUUUGCCCACUAAUAAAUCACGCAGUUCAGAAAGGUC